AUGUACACCACUCAGGCUAGAAAACCACUUGGUCUCUCCGUCAACGCAGUCAAAGAAAGAGAGCAAAAAGACCAAACUGCUUUCCAGCAGUGCUUCCUCCUUGCUCUUCUUAACCAGCACGCUAGGAUAACUCUAAAGAGACCCAAAAAGAUCUCUACACGGACAUCAACAAUCCCCCUUCUCACCUUCAUAGAGGUCGAGGCUUCAAGAGUCGACGUAUACGGACUUGCUUCUGAAAAAUGUGAAGUGGUCAAGUCAAUUGAAAUCAACAAGAAAGUACCAAUACAAACCGCCGACAGAAGGUUUAACAAGAACAUCAGUGCGUUCAUACAGAACUUUGUGUUCGAUGCUUGCUUGGAAUUUGGGUACUUCUUCGACUCAAAACUCUCAAAAAACUCAAUGAAAUCUAUUCAAACUGAAAGAAUACAAAACGUUUUUUAUGAAGGAGCAUACUGCUUUUCAAGGAACGACAUACUAAGCUCUGGUAAAAGAGUUAACGAUUACUUGGUCAAUUUGAUGUCAAACAAAAGAGUCGUCACACUUGAGGCAGGGGACUUGGCGAUGCCACAGUCUGAGCUCUGCUUUACAUCAAUCUGA